GCCCGGUUUUAUUCUAAGUUUGCUAUCAAAGGUGAUCACAACUAUUUCACAAUAUGCCGAAAAUUGUGCUUUAUGGCAUCGAUAUAAGUCCUCCAGUGCGGGCCUGUCUGCUGACCUUGAAGGCCCUUGAAGUGCCCUUUGAAUACAUCGAAGUUAAUCUAUUUGCUGGAGAGCACAGGAAUGAAGAGUUUCUGAAAAAGAAUCCACAGCAUACAGUUCCAUUGUUGGACGAUAAUGGGACCUACAUUUGGGAUUCUCAUGCCAUUUGCUGCUAUCUGGUGGAUAAAUACGGUAAAACUGAUGAGCUGUAUCCAAAGGAUCUAGUCAAGAGGGCACAUAUCAAUCAGCGCUUAUUUUUUGACGCUAGCGUGUUCUUCAUGUCAUUGCGAAACAUAAGUGUGCCGAAUUUUUACAAGAAAGUCGAUAAGGUGCCCCAGGAAAAGAUUGAUAACGUUAGAGAUGGCUAUGUUCAUUUAGAGAAUUUUCUGGGCGAUAAUCUGUAUUUGACUGGGAAUAACUUUAAUAUUUCUGACUUUUGCUGUGCGGCAACUGCCUCUUCGCUGCCUGCUGUGCUGGAAAUGGAUCCUCAUAAGUUUCCAAAAAUAAAGGCUUGGCUUGGACGCCUUGAAAAGCUGCCGUACUAUAAGGAGGCCAAUAAAGAUGGAGCUGAGAAGUACAUCAAGAUGCUAAAGAACGUGCUGACAGUUGUCUAAACAUUUAACAUUUACUCUAUUUUGUGUUGUUAAAAAUAUCUAAUUAUUGUUUUAUGUAAACAAUAUUGAUAUUGAUAUAUUCAAAAAUAUCAAUACCCCUUAUCUUAAUAAACAUCUACUUUUAUCGAUAACUAA